CUGCCGUCGAACAAUUGCAAGAAGAAGAAGAAGAAGAAGAGCAAUUUGUAAACAACUUUCAGGAAAUAGUUUGUUUUUGUAUGUUAGAUAAUUCUUCAAAAGCUAUUUUCGUUAAUUGGUAUAACCUUAACCAUUAGAAUUAAAAUUAUCCGGGAUUCCACUCGAGAAAGCAAAUGACCGAGCAGCGACAUAGCAGCCUCCAGUCCUGGAAUGAGGCCAUCUUCCCGAAAAAUUACUUAAAUUCUCUGCCUUGAGCAUCAGUCAAGAGUUGUGGCCCAUCCAGACAGCACACUGAGACCUCUACAGUACUCUCGAAAUGUAUCCACUUCUCAAAGGGGAGAUGGUUUUUAGAAGUCAUUUAAUCCUAACAGAAUGAAUCCAAGUUAAGAGUUAAAAGAAUACUAUACUACAGUAGACAUGUCAACUGAGGAGUUGUGUGCCUCUAUAGAGGUGUACCAAACACAGCUGAAACAGAUUGAAGAAGCCUUAGCUUGUGCUGGUGCAGAAGAAAAACAACAACUUUUGGAACUACAAGAAAAUUUGCUGCAGCUCUUAGACCUAACACUUCAGCAGUUGAAUCAACAGUCAAGUAAUGAACCAGUACGAGAUGAGCAAAGCAAUACAAAAGAAGACGAGGAAAUAAAGAAUGGAAAGUGCAGCACAUCUGCAUCGGAAAACAAUGAUAUUGACGACGAAUUUGCAUUGUUUCAGUCGGAAAUAGCAGAACUCACAGGAGAUGAUGAAGAAAAGGAAACAAAAUAUUCCAAGCAAUAUAUUGAGGGGUUGGAAGGGACUAAAUGCCGAUGUCCGUUUGUAGAGAAGUGGGGAGGACACUCGUAUCACAAUGCUCUCAUUCUGAGUAUUGUGAAGGAAGAGGAUGGUAACAUCGAUUUGGAUAGCCCUAAGGUGCGGGUGUUAUUUGUGCAGCCGAUGAGUAUGGAAAUGUUGACGUGCCGCUUCUUUCUCUCUGGUCGCUGUAAAUAUUCAGAAGAUGCCUGUCGAUUUUCUCAUGGCAAAAUUGUAGAAGUUUCUGACAUCCGAGAAUACAGCGAGCCAGUGUAUGAAGACCUACAGCCUGGAAGCAGGGUUUUAGUCCAGUAUAGUGAGGACUUAUGGGCAGCUGCAACAAUUCAGGACAUUUUGGAAGACAGAUCAGCAUUUUGUGUGAAGUAUGACAAGAGCAAGAAAGUAGCAGAGGUGCAAGCAAUGCAGAUGAUACCCUUGAUUUGCGACGAUGGGGCAGACAGUGAGGAAGCUGAUUCUGGAAAAGAGGGGAACCAAGACGAGAGUUCGAUCAAAUCUGGUAAUGAAGAAAUGACGGAUGAAGAUGACAGUGACGACGAAAGAAGUGUCUUUGUCCCUACAAACACUUGGUUUCAGUGUUCACUCACUCAGCGCCUUGGAGACUGGGAAAAGUACACAACAGGUAUUGGCUCUAAGCUAAUGCAGAAAAUGGGAUACAUCGUGGGCACAGGCUUAGGCCCAUCUGGAGAGGGAAGAGUAGAACCUGUGGUGGCUUAUGUAUACCCACAAGGAGUCUCUCUAGAUCGCUGUAUGGAGCUGAGAGAGGCAUCAAAUGGAGAAGAGUUAUUACAAGUGGAGAAAAGGCUGGAGAGGGAAAAAAGAAAGGAGGAAGCGAAAUCUGCACAAGCAGCAGAAAGACUGCGAAAAUCUACCUCAGUAUUUGACAUAAUCAACAAGAAAUUGAGUGGAAAGGCUACGGGUAAUGAAGAUGAUAGUGAUGAUGAAUUCCAACAAAGACCUGUUAUGAAUGUGAGCAAAUCAGUUUUACAGAAAGACACAACUAAAGACUUGAACAGAAAGAAUUACCAACUUGGUGAAAACAUUAAGCAGUUACAAAGAGAAAUCAGUAAAAUUGAAGAAUCAAGGGAUCGACACACAGGAAAUACUGCUACACUAAAUGCUAUAGAGACAAAGCUACAAGGUAAAAAAAUAGACCUCCAUAAAAUGCAGGAAGCCGAAAGAAAAGUUCAAGGAGAGCAAAGAUAUAGAAAAGAUAAAAGAAAAUUUUGUGUCUUCUGAAAAGAGUGGUCCUUGGAGUGUAGUGUAUACUUUAAUAUUAUUUGUUUUCUUAUUGUAAAUUAAUCCAUAAUGAACUCUAUCACUCAGAUACAACAAGGUAUAUCCGGUAAAGCUCAUUUUUAUAAAUACUUCUUCCACAUAUACGACUCAUGGCCUACUUAGCCAAUUGCUUCAGUUCAAAUCGAUAUCUACAAACGUAUUUGAAUUGAGAAAAGUCUGCUGACAGCAUAACAGUUACCCUACCACUUACACAUUUCCUUUUCAAUAAAUACCACCAUUUUUACUUUUCAACAACUUAGAUAAGUAUGAACAUGAAGGUUCACGUUCUCUUUUGUCUUUGUUGGACGUUGACAAAUGCUAUAACUAACCUCAAAUGCAAUUUCUUUGAUGGUGCUGUCAUUUUCUGUGAUAACGAAAAAUUAUGAUGCAAAGUUAAACUUAUAAAAAUUAAGUAAAAGUGUUCCUUAUGUAUAAAAUUAGAAGUCAAGGGUAUUAAGGGAAACUGGCUCAUGGUAGGAUAAUAUACAAAUGCCCAGUAACUGUUGGGUUUACAUGUUUUCUUUUCAUACAGUGGGAGUUAUGGAGUGCAGUAUGCUUUCCAUAUAAAUUAUCCAGCAUGACAAGAACAAGAAAGGGGGUUGAGAGCAAGCAGCCAAAAGGCACAAAAAAUGGACACCACAAAAUCGACAUACUUUCAGCUAAACGAAUAAGUUUGGCUUGCAAUCCGAAUUAUCAUAAUCCACUUAGACCAUUAGUGUACAGCAACAGUUUUCAAGCCCUAAAUACAAUGUAAUAAAUCUAACACAAUAUUAAACAAAACAAUCUGAAAAAACUAAAUUACAAAAAGUAUAUACAAAUAAAAAUAACACAAAUAUUUGGUACUUGCCAUAGUCUGUGUCCAAUCCAGAAAUUAUCAACAAAUCCUCCUUGGGAGGCAUGCUCACAGUAAGGGGGAAAAAAUAAUACAAUCACAGUUACACUUUGGUACUACUUCCAAAAAGAACAAUGCAGUAGUUUGAAGUUCACUGGGAGAUUAAGAACACCAAGGUUCUUAUGAAAUGGUUCAGCGUGGUAUUGUAAGAGACUGGGAGCUGCAGGGUAUCAGUCUUAUGACUGCCUGAUGCUACACUUAAAAUUGUGAAAGAAAUGCCUGCUAAGUAUGCAUUUUUCAAAAGUUCAGUUAUCAGAGAUGUUACAUACAAUUUCUGAUCAUACUGAAAGAAGUGUAACUAAGGAAUUUUGUGAAGUAAAUAUAGUAAGACAAAAAAUUAUAUUCAAGGAAUUGUUUUCACAGGCCCAGUGCAUUGAAACAUCAACCACAGUGAUGUACUGAACAUCAAGAGUAAGGACUCAAAUAACCCGAGAAUGUGUGAAAUGGCUAGUAAAUAAAACCCCAAAUGAUUACCAAUGCACUCAUUCCGAGUAGGUUGCCAGGAGGGAAUGUAACCCCCUAUGGAAGUAGGAAAUUACCCAUGGGGGAUUUGUCACCUUCUGUGUUAGCAGCAACUCAUUUUAAAGGUGUUUACUUAGUUGCUUGCUUUGAACUGAAGCCUUAGGCUGUGUAUGGCACUAGUAUGUUCAUAAUUAAGUCACUUGAGUUCUUGUAAAAAAAAAUCAGUUCAUUGAAUGAAAAGGAACUCAUAUGUUAGAAUUUUAUUACUGGACAUUAUAGACAUCCAAUGCCAUCUAAUGAGGUAGUGAUAUUAUUAAUAUCAAAGACUUAGAAUAUUUGCAGAGAAAAGUCCCUGUAAAGAUUCUAAAAAAGGGGGCAUAAUUUUAGCAUGUAUGUUUUUAUGCUAAACAUUAAUAGAAUUUCUGUGUUGACAUCUUUGAUUCAAACUUCAGCCAUUGCCAAAAGGUGAAAGCUUGGUAUAAUAGAUUUCAAUGAUAAAUCACAAAAUUUUCAAACAAAUACCUUGAUUUAUCCUUAGUUUAGAGGUAGGGUUAGAUCACGCCCGCAGCACCGUAAUCAUAAGUUAUUUGGUUAUGCAAGUACAAUUAUUUGUUUACCUGGAACCAGCCUGUAUGUAUCCCUGCAAGACAUGUUUAUGUGUUAACCUACUUGGGCUAAACUGGACUUGGAAUUUUAAUUAGCCUAAACUUAACCAUGAAGCAUAGAAUUACAAUGGGCAAGUAAAGGGUUAGGUGAGUGACCAAGGGAUUUUUAUGCCUUCAAGACUGGAGUAUUGUAACUUUUGCCAAUAGUAGAGACCUUUAGUUUGAUUGUCAGGUUGAAUUAUCCAUGAAAAUUAGCCACACUUCUGAUGCAUAAGGUAUGGAAGCUUGUGUAUAAUUACCCAAUUAAAUCAUUUCACAACCCAA